UUGCGCAUCACAGAAUGCUAAAUCCAGUUCCGGGGUCGACAUAGUAGAACCUGUGAACGGUCAGAGAUCAACAUUGAGGUACUUGUUUUUUUAUCACACAAGGCCCCUAAACACCAGAAAACAGAAAAUAAGUAGCCUAACUAAGACAAAGACGUUUAACUCUUGAUCAAGAGUACAUCAAAGAGGAUGAAUUUCUUCAGAGGAGUAAUGGGCGGGCAGCCAGCGGGGCCACAACAUUCUGGUGUGGAGACGAUCCAGAAACUUUGUGACCGUGUCGCCUCCUCAACACUGUUAGAGGACCGUAGAGAUGCUGUCCGGGCCCUUAAAUCUUUGUCCAAGAAAUACCGCAUGGAGGUGGGAUCACAGGCUUUGGAACACCUGAUUCGUAUUCUUCAAACAGACAGGGCGGACUCUGAAAUCCUUGGGUAUGCUCUUGACACUAUAUACAACAUCAUCUGCAGUGACGAGGAAGAGGAGCAAGAUGAAUCAGAAGAUGCGGCUCCCCCUCUUUCAGGGAAGAAUAGGAAUGUACCUGAGGAGAUGCAGAAGCAGGAUGACGUCGGAGCCCAGUUCACGGAGAGGUUCGUCCAGGACCCAGAGAACAUCACGCUGCUGCUCACACUCCUGGAGGAGUUCGACUUCCACGUGAGAUGGCCUGGCGUGAAGCUGCUUACAGCCUUGUUGAAGAACCAGUGUCCUCAGCUUCAGGGCAUCAUCCUCGUCAGCCCAAUGGGAGUUUCCAGACUAAUGGACUUGCUAGCGGACUCCAGAGAGGUCAUUCGUAAUGAUGGUCUGCUGUUAUUACAGCAGCUCACUAAAGGCAAUGCUGCCAUUCAGAAGAUUGUAGCUUUUGAAAAUGCUUUUGAGAGACUCCUGGACAUCAUCACAGAGGAAGGCACCAGUGAUGGGGGUAUUGUUGUGGAGGACUGUCUGUUGCUGCUGUUGAACCUACUCAAGAACAACAGCUCCAACCAGAACUUCUUCAAGGAGGGCUCCUACGUCCAGAGGAUGAAGCCCUGGUUUGAGGUGGGAGAUGACAAUGCUGGCUGGUCCGCUCAGAAGGUCACCAACCUUCACUACAUGCUGCAGCUGGUGCGAGUGCUGGUGUCUCCGGUGAACUCUCCGGGGGCCACGGCCAGCUGUCAGAAGGCCAUGUUCCAGUGUGGCCUCCUCCAGCAGCUCUGCACCAUCCUCAUGGCGACCGGUGUGCCCGCAGACAUCCUCACUGAGACCAUAAACACGGUGUCAGAAGUCAUCCGUGGUUCCCAGAUUAACCAGGACUACUUUGCAUCGGUCAACGCUCCAUCCAACCCGCCCAGGCCAGCCAUCGUGGUGCUGCUGAUGUCCAUGGUGAACGAGAGGCAGCCGUUCGUGCUGCGCUGUGCCGUGCUCUACUGCUUCCAGUGCUUCCUCUAUAAGAACCAGAAGGGCCAGGGGGAGAUCGUGGCCACCCUGCUGCCUUCCACCAUUGAUGCUAAUUCCAUCUCGGCGGGCCAGCUGCUGUGUGGAGGCCUAUUCUCGGCGGACUCGCUGUCCAACUGGUGCGCGGCGGUGGCUCUGGCCCACGCCCUCCAGGACAACCUGACCCAGAAGGAGCAGCUGCUGCGGGUGCAGCUGGCCACCAGCCUGGGCAAGCCCCCCGUCUCCCUCCUGCAGCAGUGCACCAACAUCCUCUCCCAGGGGGAUAAGAUCAACCGGCGGGGGAGUAAGGUGCAGACCCGAGUAGGCCUCCUGAUGCUGCUCUGCACUUGGAUCAAUAACUGUCCCAUUGCCGUCACACACUUCCUGCACAACCAGGAGAACGUGCCCUUUCUGACGGCUCAGAUCUCGGAGAACCUGGGGGAGGACGAGCGGCUGGUGCAGGGCCUGUGUGCCCUUCUCCUGGGCAUCUGCAUCUACUACAACGACAACUCACUGGAGAACUACACUAAAGAUAAGCUGAAGCAGUUGAUUGAGAAGCGCAUUGGGAAGGAGAACUUCGUGGAGAAGCUGGGCUUCAUCACCAAGCAUGAGCUGUACUCCCGCGCCGGCCAGAAGCCCCAGCCGGUCUUCCCCACGCCCGAGCACAUGCUCUUUGACCACGAGUUCACCAAACUGGUCAAGGACCUGGAGGGUGUGAUAACUAAAGCUAUCCAUAAAUCCAAUGAGGAGGAGAAGAAAGAGGAGGAGGUGAAGAAGACCCUUGAGCAGCACGACAGCAUAGUGACUCAGUAUAAAGAACUGAUCCGAGAACAGGACACUCAGAUCAACGAGCUGAAGGCGCAGGUAGCCUCCAUGUCGUCCCAGAGUGAGCAGAUGCAGGUCACCAUGACGCAGCAGAUCACUCAGAUCCAGCAGCACAAAGACCAGUACAACAUCCUCAAGCUCAAGCUAGGUAAGACAGGUGACCAGUCGGCCUCACAGGGGGAGGGCGCUCACAUCAACGGCCUGCAGUCGGAGGAGCUGAGUCAGCUGAGAGAGGAGCUGGAGGACCUGCGCAGACAACACGCCCAGCUGCAGACACAGCUCGCCGAGAAGGACACGCUCAUAGGCAGCUUGAAAUCAGAGGCAGCUUCUCCAGCAGAGGGAGCCCCAGACAACACAGAACUCAUGAAGGAGCUGGACACAUUGAGGGCCCAGCUGCACAGCCAGGCCGCUGACCUCACUCAGCUCCAGACAGAGAGACAGGAGCUGCUAAGGAAAGCCGAGACUGCAGAGUCGGGCCCAGCCAGUGUGGACAGUGGAGUGGACAAGGCCAAAGUAGCAGAACUGGAGAAGCGAUUGGCAGCUCAGAGUGCAGAAACACAGAAACUCCAGGGGGAGAUGAAGAACCUGACUGGCGGCAGAGCGGGCCUGGAGUCGGAGCUGGCCUCAGCCACCAGCACGGCAGCCAUCUUGCAGGCGGAGAAGGGCAAGCUCCAGCAGGAGGUGCAGGAGUCCAAGAAGGAGCAGGACGACCUGCUCAUGCUGCUCGCCGACCAGGACCAGAAGAUCCUCUCGCUGAAGCACAAGCUCAAGGACCUCGGGGAGCCGAUUGAUGACGAGGAUGACCUAGACUCUAAGGACCAAUCUGAAGAUGACGAUGAUGAAGAUGACGAAGAAGACGACGACGAUGAGGAAGAUGACGAGUAGCCCCUUAGAUAUCACCUGUCAUAGAGGAACUGUGUUUCUGCGCCCCCCCCCUCCCCCCUGCCCCCCCUUUCUACUCUGUAGGAGGAGAGGGGUUAGGACCUUAGGACUGACCCUCAGUGGCUUCACCCAUGACCCUGUUCCCUUCUCUUAAGCUCUCUUCCAGGGUUUGGGUCUGUUCAAUCCCCAGCGGACCUGAGAAUAGUAGUAUUCCACAUCAGGUCAUGGAAUGCAGUUAGAGUGCGAACACAGCCUUGAGGAAGUGGAAUUGAAAAUUGAAGUAGAGAGAAGUGGUACCCAGCUACCUACUUGUGAGAGACUGAGUGUGCCUGGAUGAUUUGUUAAAUGUCACUCAUUACAAGCAACCUUUAAUAAAUGGAAUACAUAUGCCAAGUUAAA